AUGUCGUACAACCACAUCACGGCCGGUCAAAUAAAAGCAGCUGCCGAUUCUCAGUUACUCGUAAAGAUGGAUUCUGUAAUUUGCAAGCCUCAACAAAGAGAGACUAAAAUAAAAAAUAUGGAACCCACAAAUCAAAACGUCGACUUUGCGCAAAACUUGAAAUUUAAUUUCAAUGCACUUGGUCUGGAGUAUCGUCCUCAAUCCGAGGCACUUGACAAAGCAAUCACGAAUGGCCGGCUUCUUGUCGAUCUAAUAUGGACUCUUGGCAUCGUAGAAUUAAGUCAGAGGGCUGGGGCGGUAUCAGUAGAAAUACGAAAUACACUUCACACGACCCCAAUGCCUUAA